UCACGUCCUUUACCGGCAGCAGGUGAGACUCCUGCAAGUUUCCUGUAUCGCGGAUCUGCGCGCUCUGCAGUGACGCAACAAGCUUUCACAAGCUUCGUCACUUCGGGAUUUUAUCUGGAGAGCUCGCUGCCUGUCAGCGGGAAAACCCCGAGGGACAGGCUGCAGAUAAAAGGUCCAAACGGCUUCAAAUGGAAACUAAAGGACAAUUGACCGAGUUUACCGGCGGACAGACACCGAGAGACAGACAGCCGCCCUGACAGACAUGAACACCCUGACAGUCAUCGCCCUGCUGCACUGCUUCCUGUUGGCAGUUUUAGUCCAAUCAGCUCCGGUCAGCUCGCCAUACGAACAGCCGCCGGCGUUCAAAGAGGCGGCCGAGCGCGCAAAGACGCUGGUGGAGAAAAUAAUGAGAGACAUCCCCACCGUGCACGCUGCCACCGUCAUCACCGAGGGUUUGACCCUUGAGCCGUCCUCCCAGACAGCAAACCUGCAGAUGAUGAUGACAACUCUGGGAAUCCCCGCCGCCCCCGUCCUCAAACCGCCGUCCGAACACUUCACACUGGACACCUGCGUGAGCCGCAUGUCAGCGGGCAGCCGGCUGUACCAGGGGCUGCUGGGAGUUCUGUCUGACAGACUGAGCGGGCUGAGCGACCUGCGAGCCGACCUCAGAGACCUGCUGACCCACAUCAACAAGAUGAAGGAGGUGGCUCAGCUCGGCGGCGAGGCGGAUCAGAACCAGAGUCUGGACCUGGCCUCUCAUCUCCGUGGUAGCUACGAGGUCCAGGUGGCGACUCACCUGACGCUGACGCAGCUUCGCUCCUUCUGUCACGACAUGUUCCGCAGCCUGAGAGCCAUCGCCGCCUACCGGCCCCAAGCUGCAGGUACACGAUAAGCCCCGCCCACCCGGGACAACCCCACGCUGCGUUUGAGGACACACGGGAAGAUCUUAUGUCGAGGAAACAAACGCAGCGAUACGACAGCGCCGAUCAGCUGCUGGAAAGACUCCACAUAGUUUUCAACAACAGCAGCUUCUGAGCUGAAAGACGAGAAACAGUUCAGAUAUUUUUAUAUUCAGCGAGACGCUCAGAGGAAAGUUCAGGAGACAGAACUUAGUUUUAGAGUUUCCUGUUUUAAAAGCGGCCCGUCGACACAUCAGACGUCGCCCCUCCUGACCUGCAGCCGCUCGGUCUCUGUGGAACAGGUCUGCACAGAAACGCAGAGGGAUGCUUCAGGACUGAAGAUCUGUUCUGAUCUGCAGGUCUGGACCUGCUCAGACCUGAAUCCAGCUGCUGCUUUUGCUCUUACUUUGAGUCUGUUAUUUACUGGAAAACCAGAGACUGAUUGAUUGAUUUCUGAUCAGGAGCUUUAAAAAGAAGACGGGCGCAGGCUGCAGGAGGACGCCGUCCUGCUCCAGCCACAGAUUUUAUAUUUUAUUUCACAGACGCGUCUUUUUUUAAGACGUGAAGAGCAGAAACAUUUUCAGUUUCUCACUGACUCUUUUAAUAAUCAUUACAAUCAUUAGACUAAUCAUCACAGUUGUAACUGAAGCAAAUGAUGAUUCAGACUUCCUGUUGUUUCACAAUAAAAGCCUCCCCAUUUGUGUCAUACCGGGGCUUUUAUUGUGAAGCAGUUACAAGAAGUGCAUUGCGGCUCCUGUGAACGUCUGGCUGCAGAUGUUUCUGCGGGUUUGUAUUUAUGUUUUUUUGUUAGGUUUGGAUCAAAAGUUUAUCUGCUGUCAUAUUUAUAGUAUUUUUAUUUAUUACUGUAUUUAUUUAUUUAUUUAUGCAGAAAUAUUUAUUGUUUUACCUUCGGUUUUCUGUGUCUGUAUUAAUUAUUUUAUAUUGUUUAAUAUAAUGUGUUUGUGUGUGAGAGGGUGUUUUAUAUAUUUUCUAUAUGAAAGUUUAGGGGUCAGAGGAGGAGCUCUGCAGGGACGAGAAGGCUUAAAACACAAGAGAGAGAGAGGAGAAAAAGAGCAGGAAGUGAAAAGUUUCUCAAGUUGAGCAACAACAGUUAUGAUGUCAUAGCAGUGAUGAUGUCAGCAGUGAUGUCAGAGAAAAUUAACCACAGAAACACGGUCAGUUUGAAGUUUAAAGUAAACCCUGUGGGUAAACUCUCUUUUUUUACUUUAUUUAUUUAUAAAGAGUUUAUUAUUUGACUCGUCAGUAGGACUGUAGUAGGUUCUAGACUUUACGAUACCAGAACCAAAACCAGUACCUGUAAAGUGAUACAGGUACCAACAGAGUACUUUAUUCAGUACCUUGUGUAAAACGCCACCUGUUGAAGCCAUUAUUAUUUUUUAUCGUUGUUAUGGACGAGCAAUGUGAUCAGUUUUCUUUUUUAUGGUUUGAAAUAAGUGUUGUGUAAAAUUAUCAGUAUCAGAUCGCUCCUCGUCCUGAUCAGGUCGUCUAGACGUCAUAAUCAGAGGAAGGACGGCUGCUCGGGAGUGUUUGAAUAUGAGAGGAGUGAAAUAGUUUAAGGAUCACUGGGAGCUCUGGAAAAGGAAUUUUAGUAAAAAAAAAAAAUUAUACGUUUGUGAAAAGUAAAUAACAGAAUAAUUUUGUUAACUUUGGAUCAAUAAAUCUUGAACUGAAGUGAAA